CAGGUGUUUCCUCUUUCAGUUUUGGUUAUGUACCUUCACUCUGUGAGAGUCCCGCCGUUAACCUUUUUCUGUUCCUCUUCAAAUUCAACAUUUAGGUUACAUUUCAAAUUCAAUCAAAACAAUUUUUCAAAUCCCUAAUCCACUUCAACCCUUUCUCUUCCACCCAAAUGGAGGAUCCCGAGGGAGUCCUCAGCUUCGAUUUCGAGGGCGGUCUCGACGCUCCUCCUUCCGCCGCCACCGCAUCCGCCUCCGUUGCCGCCGCACCUUCUGGCCCUAUUGUCCAGCCUGAUUCCUACUUACCACCUUCCGCGGCCUCCAAUGGCGCCGCCGCUCCUUCCGUUGCUGAGCCUGUUUCUGGUAACGUUCCUGGACGACGGAGCUUCCGGCAAACGGUUUGUAGGCACUGGCUUCGGAGUUUGUGUAUGAAAGGAGAUGCUUGCGGGUUUUUGCAUCAGUAUGAUAAGGCUCGGAUGCCGGUGUGCAGGUUUUUUAGAUUGUAUGGAGAGUGUCGUGAGCAGGAUUGUGUUUAUAAGCAUACUAAUGAAGAUAUCAAGGAGUGUAACAUGUACAAGCUAGGAUUUUGUCCUAACGGACCUGAUUGUCGAUACAGGCAUGCGAAGUCUCCUGGACCUCCGCCUCCAAUUGAAGAGGUCCUUCAGAAGAUCCAACACUUGUAUUCUUACAAUUAUAACAAUUCUCAUAAGUUUGCCCAACAAAGGGGUUCUAGCUAUACUCAACAAGUUGAAAAGUCUCAGUUUCCUCAAGGAAUCAAUUCUGCAAACCAAGGCGUGGCUGUAAAACCAUUAGCUGCAGAGUCAGGAAAUGUCCAGCAGCAGCAACAAGUUCAACAGCCUCAGCCGCAAGUCAGCCAGAACCAAGCGCAAAAUCUUGCUAAUGGCCAGCCCAAUCAAGCCAAUCGAACAUCAACUCCUUUACCUCAAGGAAUAUCUAGGUAUUUUAUUGUUAAGAGUUGCAAUCGUGAAAAUUUGGAGUUAUCUGUACAACAAGGAGUAUGGGCAACUCAAAGGAGCAAUGAAUCAAAACUAAAUGAAGCAUUUGACUCUGUAGAAAAUGUGAUAUUGGUUUUCUCAGUCAACCGUACUCGACAUUUCCAGGGUUGUGCAAAGAUGACUUCCAGAAUUGGUGGUUCUGUUCCUGGAGGGAACUGGAAAUAUGCUCAUGGGACGGCACAUUAUGGGCGGAAUUUCUCUGUUAAAUGGUUGAAGUUAUGUGAACUGUCAUUCCACAAAACUCGCCAUUUGAGAAAUCCAUACAAUGAGAACUUACCAGUGAAGAUUAGUAGAGAUUGUCAGGAGCUGGAACCCUCUAUCGGUGAGCAGUUGGCAUCCUUGCUUUAUGUUGAACCAGAUAGCGAACUUAUGGCUAUCUCGGUUGCAGCUGAGUCUAAACGAGAAGAGGAGAAGGCAAAGGGAGUGAAUCCAGAAAAUGAAGGAGAAAAUCCAGAUAUUGUCCCAUUUGAAGACAAUGAAGAAGAGGAAGAGGAGGAAAGUGAUGAAGAGGAGGAGAGCUUUGGUAAUGGUGUAGGGCCAGUUGUUCAAGGCAGAGGUAGGGGCAGAGGUAUGAUGUGGCCCCCUCACAUGCAUCUCGGACGCGGAGCCAGACCCAUGCCUGGAAUGCAAGGUUUUAACCCUGUAAUGAUGGGUGACGGAUUACCCUACGGGCCUCCUGGACCUGAUGGUUUUGGUAUGCCAGAUCUUUUUGGCAUGGGUCCCCGAGGUUUUGGUCCAUAUGGUCCUAGGUUCUCUGGUGAUUUUGGAGGCCCCCCAGCUGCCAUGAUGUUCCGAGGGCGACCAUCACAACCUGGCAUGUUUCCUGGUGGUGGGUUUGGGAUGAUGAUGAAUCAUGGACGCGGUCCCUUUAUGGGGGGAAUGGGGGUUCCAGGUCCAAAUCCCCCAAGAGGUGGUAGGCCAGUAAAUAUGCCUCCGAUGUUUCCACCACCUCCGCCUCCACCACAAAAUAUGAACCGCAUUGCCAAGAGAGAUCAAAGAACAAGUGAUCGAAAUGAUAGGUACAGUUCAGGACCAGAGCAAGGUAGGAGUCAAGACAUGCUCAGUCAAAGUGGAGGUCCUGAUGAUGACAUGCAGUAUCAGCAAGGAUACAAGUCGCAGCAGGAUGACAAGAAUGACGAUAGUGAAAGCGAAGACGAGGCACCUAGGCGGUCAAGACACGGAGAGGGUAAAAAAAGAAAAGGCGAAGCUUAGAAGACGUUAACACAUUCUAAUCACACUAGCAUCUGCUUUCACCUAGCACUACAUGUUGAUUAUCCACUAACCAGUAUGGCCCAUUUUGAAUGCUUUCUUAUUUCCUCUGAAAUUGAUAAUAAGAUGAUCAUAUUGCUUUGUUUGAGUUCCUUCUUUUUCUUUUAUAAGAGACCUGGGGAUUAGGUGCUCCAUGAAAGGAAAUUGAGAUUCUGUUCAUUAGUAUUGUAAUUUACCAAAUGGUUCAUUGAACAUUUGAUUUAAUGUGUUGGGAUAACAAUGAUAAUUAGUAGGCUCGACGAAUGUAUACUAGUAUAUUUGUAAAGGGAUUGUAACAUUAGAUUCCUAAAUGAUAAAGUGAGUUGAUUUUUAUUUUA